AGUUCGUGGCGCUUUGUGUGUUGGGAGCCAGCCGGAGACAGAGCUGCUGACCUGUUAUAACUGCGUAACAACAACCGACUGAAAAUGGACAUCGCCGAACCUGCAGUGGACACCUCUGGGCAGAUGGUCAAGGAUGAACUGGCCGAGAAAUGUCAGAAAUUGUUCCAGGCGUUUUUGGAAGAGUUUCAGAACAGCGACGGUGAGCUGAAGUACCUGCGCGACGCAGAGGAGCUGAUCCGGCCUGAGAGAAACACGCUGCUGGUUAGCUUCACCGACCUGGAGGGCUUCAACCAAGAACUGGCGACCACCAUUCAGGAGGACUUCUACAGAAUAUAUCCCUACCUGUGUCGCGCAGUACGCAACUUUGCCAGGGACCGCGGAAAUGUUCCCGUUUCCAAAGAGUUCUACGUGGCCGUUCAGGACCUGCCGACCAGGCACAAGAUCAGAGAGCUGACCACUCUGCGUAUCGGCUCUCUGGUGCGCAUCAGUGGUCAAGUAGUGCGCACCCACCCCGUGCACCCAGAACUGGUUAGUGGUACCUUCCUGUGCCUGGACUGUCAGAGCGUCAUCAAGGACGUGGAGCAGCAGUUCAAAUACACGCAGCCCAGCAUCUGCCGCAACCCCAUCUGCAACAACCGCAGACGCUUCCUGCUCGACACCAAUAAGUCCAAGUUCAUUGACUUCCAGAAGGUGCGUAUCCAGGAGACGCAGGCGGAGUUGCCACGGGGCUCCAUCCCUCGGAGCAUGGAGAUCAUCCUGCGGGCAGAAGCAGUGGAGUCAGCUCAGGCCGGUGAUAAGUGCGAUUUCAUCGGCUGCCUCAUCGUCGUGCCUGACGUGUCCCAGCUCUCAACACCAGGUGUGCGUGCGGAGACCAGUUCUCGCACAGCUGGAGCCCAGGGUUAUGAGAACGAAGGGGUUCGUGGGCUCAACGCGCUUGGAGUCCGAGAGCUUACCUACAAGCUGGCGUUCCUGGCCUGCCAUGUGGCACCCACAAAUCCCAGGUUUGGUGGGAAGGAGAUCCGUGAUGAGGAACAGACAGCUGAGAGCAUCAAGAACCAGAUGACCGUGAAGGAGUGGGAGAAGGUGUUUGAGAUGAGCCAGGACAAGAACCUCUACCACAACCUCUGCACCAGCCUCUUCCCCACCGUCCAUGGCAAUGAUGAGGUGAAGAGAGGCAUUCUGCUCAUGCUCUUCGGAGGCGUUCCUAAAACCACGAUGGAGGGCACUUCUCUUAGAGGUGAUAUCAACGUGUGCAUCGUGGGAGACCCCAGCACAGCCAAAAGCCAGUUCCUCAAGCACGUGGAAGAGUUCAGCCCACGUGCGGUUUACACCAGUGGGAAGGCCUCCAGCGCUGCCGGCCUCACCGCUGCUGUUGUGCGAGAUGAGGAGUCGCAUGAGUUUGUCAUCGAGGCUGGAGCUCUGAUGCUGGCUGACAAUGGAGUGUGCUGCAUUGAUGAAUUUGAUAAAAUGGAAAUGAGAGAUCAAGUGGCCAUCCAUGAGGCAAUGGAGCAACAGACCAUCUCCAUCACCAAAGCAGGGGUGAAGGCCACACUGAAUGCCCGCACGUCUAUCUUGGCUGCAGCGAACCCCGUCGGUGGCCGUUAUGACCGCUCCAAAUCACUCAAGCAGAACGUCAACCUGACGGCGCCCAUCAUGUCCCGCUUUGACCUCUUCUUCAUCCUCGUGGAUGAUUGUAAUGAGGUGACUGACUACGCCAUUGCCAGACGCAUUGUGGACUUGCACUCAAGGAUCGAAAACUCCAUCGAUCGCGUCUACAGUCUAGAUGAGAUCCGCAGAUACCUGCUGUUCGCCCGCCAGUUUAAGCCAAAGAUCUCCAAGGAGUCAGAGGACUUCAUAGUGGAGCAGUACAAGCGCCUGAGGCAGAGGGAUGGCUCUGGUGUAACGAAAUCAGCCUGGAGGAUCACAGUGAGGCAGCUGGAGAGCAUGAUCCGUCUGUCUGAGAGCAUGGCCAGGAUGCACUGCUGCGACGAGGUACAGCCCAAGCACGUCAAAGAGGCUUUCAGGCUGCUCAACAAGUCCAUCAUUAGAGUGGAGACACCUGAUAUCAAUCUGGACCAGGAGGAGGAAGAGGCCAUGGAGGAGCAGGAGGAAGACAACCAGAUGAACGGACAGGACGUGCCCAACGGUGACGCAGGCAACCACGUGAACGGGCGUGUAAAUGGACAUGUGAACGGCCAUGAGCUCACUAACGGGGUCAAUGGCGAAAGCCACAGUGGCAAGCCCUCACUGCGCCUGUCCUUUGCUGAAUACAAGCGCGUCUCUAACCUCCUAGUGCUGCACCUGCGCCGUGCAGAGGAAGAUGAAAAUGAGGACGCCCUAAAGAAGAGCGCGGUGGUUAACUGGUACCUGAAGGAGAUUGAGUCUGAGAUCGACUCCGAAAUGGAGCUCAUCAGUAAGAAGGCCAUGAUAGAGAAGGUCAUCCACAGACUGGUGCACUAUGACUACAUCCUAAUCGAGUUGUCCCAGUCUGGCUUGAAGAGCUCAACACAGUCCAGCGGAUCUGAGGACCAAGAAGACGAUGUAACUCUGGUGGUCAACCCCAACUACACACUGGAGGACUAAACCUGUGCUGACGUCCUCCUUAAUUGGUGUAUGAUAUUAAAAAAUACACCUCUUUUCCUGUAAUGAGGGGAUAAGGGUAGUGUUGUUGAGGAUGCUGCCCUUUCUUUCUGUAAUCUAAAAGGUGACCUGCUUGAAGCUGGACUGUAAAGCGUCCUCCGUAUGGACCGAUGGAGCGAGCAUGCUUAGAAGGAAGAAUCUGUGCAAAGCUAUUCAUUCUGUAAAUAUGUUAGACUUUUUAAGGGUUGGCUGUUUUGUAGAACGUCAGUGACAUUUUUGUUUUUAUGUUUUUAUUGUGAUUGUGUUAAAAGUGCUCACAAAGCAGCUUGAAAACUUUUAUGUUGUCUGUAUUUUGGUCAAUAUACAAGAAUCAUAUCAGAAAAA